AGGACUUGUUUUAUACCUGGAGUCUAUCUUGGGGGUGUUUAGGGGGUCAGUGCCCCCGUGGUAUGGUCUGUGAAUAGGCCUGGUGGUCGAUAUAGGACUGAUCAACCAGGUUGUUCCUGCUGGACGAACGUAAACCAACGAAGGAAACAGCCCAGCUGGUCAGUAAUAAUGGCGGACCAUGAGUCAGCUGAUGCUACAAGACUGAGAGAACGAACAGGAAGACUGACACAGGAAGGAGAUAUAGACGAUGGGCUACAAUGGUCAACGAAGGAGGAUGCAGAAUCAACGAGAGAGGAUGCAGCAUCAACGAGAGAUGCUGCAGCAUCAACGAGAGAGGAUGCAGCAUCAACGAGAGAUGCUGCAGCAUCAACAAGAGAGGAUGCAGCAUCAACGAGAGAUGCAGCAUCAACAAGAGAGGAUGCAGCAUCAACGAGAGAUGCUGCAGCAUCAACGAGAGAUGCUGCAGCAUCAACGAGAGAGGAUGCAGCAUCAAUGAGAGAUGCUGCAGCAUCAACGAGAGAUGCAGCAUCAACGAGAGAGGAUCAGCAUCAACGAGAGAUGCUGCAGCAUCAACGAGAGAGGAUGCAGCAUCAAUGAGAGAUGCUGCAGCAUCAACGAGAGAUGCUGCAGCAUCAACUAAAUCAACCAAAGGCAUCAGUCACAUAAUCUACCAGGCCAUGGGUGCUGCCUGCAUGGGUCUGGGAGGUAUGGUGGCAACUCUGACUAUGGGUUACACCUCUCCAGCACUGCCAUCUAUGAGAGCUGAUCCUAACUUCUCUAUUACUAAAGAACAGGAGUCGUGGAUUGGAGCAGUGAUGCCAGCCUGCGCAUUACUAGGCAGUGUUGCAGCUGGUCCACUAGUGGACCACCUGGGCCGCCGGGCUACCCUCCUCCACCUCACCUGGCCCCUGGUCUCAUCAUGGGUGAUAAUUGCCCAAUCUGGAGGUGUGGGCGGGGUGAUCCUGGGUCGUAUGAUGGGCGGGGCGUGUGUGGGCGUGCAGGCUGCAGCCGGGUCAGUCUUCAUAGCAGAGACAGUGGAGUUGAGGCUGAGAAAUAUAAUGGGAUUCUUUCCUGCGUUCCUAGGUAACCUGGGUCUUCUGGUGAGCUUCGCUGCUGGCCAGUACCUCUCAUGGAGAGGCCUAGCAUGGCUAGGUGCGGCACUCUGCUUUCCUGUACUGCCUCUAAUCUAUCCUCUUCCUGAGACACCCUUCUUCCUCACACGUAUUGGGAAGGCAGAGAAGUCAUUGUGUGCUUUAAAGCAGCUGCGGAGCUCAACACAGGAAGCUGAGAAGGAGCAGCGAGAGAUCAGCAGCUUAAGCAGCAACAGUAACACAAGUGUAACUUUGUGGGAGAUUAUACAAAGACCUAACUUGUGGCCAGUGAGUGUAGCCGCUGGUCUGAUGGUGGCCCAACAAGCUACUGGAAUAAAUGCAGUGGUGUUCUUCGCCUCCAGUAUCCUUGACGCUGGCGGGGAGGGCACUGACAGCUCCUCCUCGUCUGUGUUGUUGGGUAUUGUCAACUUCCUGGGCACUUUCGUAGGAAUAUUUGCCAUUAUAAAAUUUAAGCGACGGUCCCUUCUUAAGGCUUCGACGGCGGUCCUUGUGGUUUCUCUCCUCACAUUGUCACUCUUUUUCUGGGCACAAGAAGCAGGUGGCCACAUAACUACUGUUGCUAAAACCCUUUACGUGGUGCCGAUAAUAGCCUUGUUAGCCUACAUGAUUGGAUUUUCGCUAGGCUGGGGCCCUAUACCAUGGGUGUUCAUGGUGGAAGGAAUACCCAGCCUAGUCAGAGGUAAAGCCGUGGCUGUGGUGGUGGCCAUCAACUGGGCAUCAGCUUUCUUGGUUACCAAAAGUUUUGCAUGGUCAAUGUCUACCUUGGGUGCCCAUAACACCUUCCUGGGUUAUGCUGUGGCGACCUUCAUCAGUGCCAUACUCCUGCACCGUACCAUGCCAGAGACCUUAGGUCAGUCUGCUGCCCAGAUGGACAGACUAUACAAGAAGGCAGUUGAUCUAAAGCAAGAAUAACCUAGUAAGCUUGGGUAGCUGGAGAGAAGGGGUGCUUGGAGUUGGAGAGUUGUGCAGGAGUAGACUUAUGGCCCGGUGGCCUGGUGGCUAAAGCUCCCGCUUCACACACGGAGGGCCCGGGUUCGAUUCCCGGCGGGUGGAAACAUUUCGACACGUUUCCUUACACCUAUUGUCCUGUUCACCUAGCAGUAAAUAGGUACCUGGGUGUUAGUCGACUGGUGUGGGUGGCAUCCUGGGUGUUAGUCGACUGGUGUGGGUGGCAUCCUGGGGGACAAGAUUAAGGACCACAAUGGAAAUAAGUUAGACAGUCCUCGAUGACGCACUGACUUUCUUGGGUUAUCCUGGGUGGCUAACCCUCCGGGGUUAAAAAUCCGAACGAAAUCUUAUCUUAUCUUAUCUUAUCUUACCUUCUCUGCCAGGCAAUCUUGUAGGAAGUUGUGUUUGUUGCAAUAGCUGUGAGCACGAAGAAGGGUGUCCAAAUAACGUCUGCAUGAAAUGUCCAUUAUGUUGCGGUGUCCGACAGAUUGUAAUAAAGUUGGUAGAAUUACCAACAAUAUGUAAAGUAAAAGGACACAAGUGCAACUAAUGUGACAUUUUAUUGUGGCAACGUUUCGCUCUCCAGGAGCUUUAUCAAGCCAUUACAAGAUUGCCUGGCAGAGAAGGUGAUCCCUAAGUCUACUCCUGCACAACUCUCCAACUCCAAGAAUAACUUAACAUUAAACACAGGAAGACCCUGAUUAUAACAGGUUAAGUUCCAGCCUACUGCAGUAAAGUGAACCAUAGCAUUUCUCACUUUCAAAUGCAAAUAAAAGCCGAGUUUACACUAUCAUAUAUUAAGGUGACCAAUAAAACUAGGCCUAAAAAACACAUAUACAGUACACACAUUACUUAACAUAUUUUCGCCCUUAGCUUAUAGUGAGUAAUAAGUAUAUUUACUGUAGGAGGUUUGAAGAUAUGAAGAAUUAUUGUAACUGUCACCGCUGUAUUAGCGAAACGACGUAAAGUGAAGCACUGUAAAGUGAAGCACUGUAAAGUGAAGUGCUGUAAAGUGAAGUGCUGUAAAGUGAAGUGCUGUAAAGUGAAGCACUGUAAAGUGAAGCACUGUAAAGUGAAGCGCUGUAAAGUGAAGCACUGUAAAGUGAAGUGCUGUAAAGUGAAGUGCUGUAAAGUGAAGCACUGUAAAGUGAAGCACUGUAAAGUGAAGCACUGUAAAGUGAAGCGCUGUAAAGUGAAGCGCUGUAAAGUGAAGCACUGUAAAGUGAAGCACUGUAAAGUG